AUGCUAUACUUCAAGAGAUUAGACAUAAAUGAACUAGAUGCAUUGCCAUUUGAAGAAAAAGAAAGAUCUUGUCGUAAUAUUGUUGCCCAACUUGAUCAGAAACUAUCUAAUAUUCCACAAGAUCGGGAAAUGCUUAAAAAACUCGAAUACUUUCUGCCAUACUUAGAUAAAGAUGGCUUAUGUUUAUUGAUAGAUCAGUUGGUCUUUAAAGAUGUUUUCUGUGGACCCACAGCCUUCUUUAUUGAGAAGAUGCUUAAACAGUGUAAACUUCUAGCCGACUCUUUUGAUCCAACUGCCACUGAACAAGUUACUCAGUUUAUCAGCCGCAUUCAAAGUGAAAUCCUCCAGAACCCCAAGAAAGCCUUCAAAAGCAAAGGAGUUAAUCAUAUUAUUAGAGAGUUACUAAACAGUACUCGAGAUAAGACUAAACUACUAGCUGCUAUUGCCAAGGUACCUUUAGAGUACUUUUUAGACGAUCCCACUAGACUAAGUACUUACAAGGUCUACUUAGACGUUCUAGAAGGUGAACCACAAACUCAACUAUGUACUAAGCUAAUUGAUUAUCUAGAAAUUGAGAUGUUAACUUCUUAUCAGUCAUUUAUCUAUCAAAAAGUAUGUUCUGUUUGUAAUACGAGUGAUAAACAACGUUUAUUUAAGAAAGUCUCUCCUCACUUGCCAGAACUAGCUAAAGAUAAAGUAGCCAACUACUUUGUGCAAAGUCUGAUCAUGAACUAUCCAGCAGCUGAAACAUUUACUCUUCUAGUUGACUCACUAGGUUCUUUACCCAGUAACAGUAAUGUUCUCUUCUCUUUAGGCCUAAAAGCCUGCCAGGACAAACACUUAGUGGCAGUUGAGUACUUAGUUGAGAAUAUUUGGCUCAAAGAUAUGCUUAUCAAACGGUUACUUUUCAAUGAAAAAGGAGGUUUUGAUUCCAAAACACACCAACUAGCUAUUGCUCUUCUAUCUCUAACCAGCAAGUACUUAGCUGACUUCCAACUUGAAGUUAUUUCUCUGUAUGAAAAGUACUGGUUAUUUGAUAAGAUUGGACAAAAAGUACUGAUUGCUCUGUUCUCUAAACCUAUUGAUCCAGCUAUCAAAAGUCUCUUGAUUGGAACAAUGGCCAAAGAAUUCCUUGGUAUUAUGCGCACUAAAGGUGGCCCUCAACUACUCACAGCUAUUGAGAAGGUUUCAGACUUCAGUACCCGCAAGAGAAUAAGACUAGCUAUCAAAAAUGCGCCCUAUCAAAAGAGAACAUUGAUAAAGAACAGCUUAGACGGUUAA